ACGAAAAUCGAAAGGCGCAAAAGAGAUGUUGUGUGUACAAGUACAUCCGCGUCAGUUAGAGUCUCGGGGAGAGGUUCUGCGGGAACCGCAUGUUAAAGUGCCUGUUCUGCGGCCACGAGUUCCAGGGAAACCAGUACUUGGCAUCACGACAUUUCAGGCAGGGGAAAGGGUGUCCGUCAGUGAUCGAUGAGGCGCUGGUGGACAAACACUACAACUCCGACUACAAGUCGGAGAGCAAGAUCCUUGACCGCAUGCUUCAGUUCGAGGAGCUUCACGGUCCGGCACCUGCCACGGGUCCGCUCAGGGACGAGGGAGGGGCGGGAGGAUUUGGGCAAGAAAGGGAUGAUGAGGACGUGAUCGACGUUGACAACGUCGAAGACGAGGCUAAGCGGGCAGCGCGACAUGACCCAUCCACGAGGGACAAAGGGAAGGAAGUCGUUCACAAGCCGUGGGGCCAGCAAGGUCGUUUUUUUAAGGAUGCGCACGUGUCGGCUCGCUCUCAGGCGCAUCGGGAUGUCGAAAACGCGGCGGGUGCUGUGGGGAAGAGGAAGGAGAGAGAGGAGGCGGCGAGGCCAGGCGGACAAAAGAGGAUGAGACAACAUACCAUCACGGAGUCUUUUUCUUCGCAAUGGCAGAUGGAGUUCAAGAAGAAGUUUCUGUGGUUUGUGUACAGUCGGCGCUUGUUGUUCAACGUUUUUCGGAGAGAGCCAUGGAAGGAUUUCGUGAGGCACUUUAGGGACUUACCAGGGCCGGUAAAGGUUUUGUGGGCAUCCCACAAUGAGAUCGCCGACAUUGACACGGUUGCCCGCACUGCCGACGAUGUGGCCGAGGAUCUCGCAGAGGUCAGGGCCCCUUUCUAUGUGACGGGGGCCACCAUUAUGUCCCAUGGCUGGAAGUCGCGGGAUGCGAGGCCGAUCGUUAACUUCCUUGCCGGCGGGUCGCACGGAGUGAUGAUGGUGCGCACAAUGAAUAGGGAGGCCGAGAGAGACCAGGCGGUUGAUGUCUUGGCGGGCUGGAUCAAGGUGUUUGAUGACUUUCCUCCUCGAUGGGUGAAUGCCAUCUGCACGGACUCUGCCUCUACGUACGUCGCUGCGGCAAACAUGUUGCAGGGUCCUGAACAGAGGCCGAAGAUUUGACGGAUCACGUGGCUGUCGUGCGCGAUGCAUGUCUGCAACAAAAUGUUGUCAGACAU